CAGAAUCCAUGACAGAUAUCCAGAUAAGCUUGAGCAGCUUUGAGGAAGAAAAUUGAAGACAAAAUAUGGCACAGCCAGCCAGCCACAUGGGGUGUUGUUGAAGACAUGGGUUGAGAUGCAGGUGAGGAAACGAUUGACUGAAGGGAGAUUUCCUUGACAAGGGGUCCUCAGGGUAUGCUGCUCAUCACACCGAUCGAAACGAGCGAUGCCGUUUAGAACAAGAGCAACCUGACACACACAUGUACAGCACUGGGGAAUUCCUCACGACACCUUUAAGACAUGCUUUCUCUCUCUCUCUCUCCUGUGUGUUUCACUCGCCCCACCUUUCCCUCUCUUUAACGUCGACCCCUCCUUUCUACAGCUGACUUAUUCUCAUUUAAAUGUCUGCGGGGUAAAACACCUCUCCCUGCUCGUAACUCACAGCUGAAGUUUACACUCCCCUUCAUAGCACACUGACAUGUACAGCAAAGCAGAGAGACCUCAGCCGGACACUGUUCAAGGACGAAGUUCUUGUUUUGAUGGACUCUCUUGAGCAAAAGAAGUUUGGAUUUGGAUAACGCAAAAUGCAUUGGCAGUGUAUUCUACAUCAUUUGAUCAUGCAUUCAUUGUAAUGCUUAUUAAAAUACAACCUAAAAAAAGGACCUCAGAGGACAGCGGCAUCUCCAGGAGUGAGUAAGAUGCCAGUUUAAUUAGGAGUGACUCCUCAGCUGUUUCCUGGACGUCUUCUCAUCCUCACAGUUUGGAUGUAAGGAUGGUCUCUGGGCUUUGAGAAUCGCUUUGUGUGUGAAUGGAGCUGAGAGAGCGGAGACCCUGAUGUCGGAGCUGCUGCUGCUGGCCUGUGUGCUCCUCUCCUGGAUCAUCACCUGCCAGUCUGGACCAUGGAGACCUUGCACAGAUUUGUUACCAUUGGACCUCCUGUCCCGGGUGCUUCCUGUGUCCGGCAGGGCUCAGGACGGGAUACGCAUGGUCCAGUCCAGAGGUGCUCGUGGAUUUCAGUUUUCUGGAUCUCCACAGCUGUUCAGCUUCCCUGCCUCUCGGCUCUUCAUUAAUUGUAACUUCUUUCCCGCCGAAUUCUCCAUCGUUGUCACUCUGAAAAUCCCACAAAUAGCUCCUGAGAAGAGUGAAUACAUCUUCACACUGUUGGAGGGAGAUUCAGAUGAGCCGCUCCUCGGCCUGCGUCUGUCCCAAAACAAGUUCCACUUUCUACAGAAGGGUCACAGUAGCAGGAAACGCAUCACUUUUAAGGCAGUAGGGCUGGAUGAUAACCGCUGGCACACUGUGGUCUUGGCAGUGACGGGACGCUACACAAUUCUCACUGUGGACUGUGGCACACCUCUAGAGCUAGUGCUUGAAAGGCCUUUCCCCGAUGAUCUUGAUACAACUGGUUCCACAUUCUUCAUUGCUAGCAGAAGAAGAUGGAACGGUCUAUUUUCAGGGUCUCUUCGGCAGCUAGUGUUGUUACCUGGUUCAGAUGCUACCUCACAAAUUUGUCCCUCAUCUGAGCCCCGGCUGUCUGCUCUCUCAGUUCCUCAGGCCCUCUUACACCUGCCAAUCAAACCAUCAUCCACUGACCUUCCCCUCCACCCUUAUGAGGCAGAGGUUCGGGUGACUGCCGGUGUGAUUCCUCCCUGUGGACGCUCCCAGGAGGGACAGCUGUGGUUUAACACACUGAAGAGAGGACUGUUUCUCUGCGAUGGGAUUACGUGGCUCAAUAUGCUGCAAGUGAAAGAGAAGCUGGACUACGUGGAGGAUCACCAGGAUUUAUUUACCAACUCUGAGACAUUUGACAUCGAGGUUUUCCACAUCACUUCUGUAGGACUUUUCAUGGCGACCGCCAACCGUGAUUCCAACCUCGGAUCAGGAAUUUACAAAUGGACAGAUGGGAGGUUUGAACGAUAUCAGAACAUCAGCACCUAUGAUGCACAAGCAUGGCAAUACUUCACAGUGGGCAAAAAGAAGUUCCUGGUUGUUGCUAACUGCAGAAGUAAGGAUGCAGGGGACCAUGAGCAGUCUGUGAUUUAUAAGUGGAGCUCAAGGAAGCUGAAAUUUAUUCGCUAUCAGACUCUGAACACGCACAGCGCUCGUGACUGGGAGGCUUUCAACAUUCAAGACGAAACUUUCCUCGCCGUGGCCAAUCAUAGGCAAGGGGAGAGAAACCAUAAUAUUGACAGUGUAAUCUACAAGUGGAACCCAGCUACUCAGUUUUUUGAGGUCAAUCAGACGAUCCCCACCACUGGUGCUUAUGAUUGGGAGUUUUUCUCCAUCGGUCCAUAUUACUUCCUUGCAGUCGCUAACACUUUCAAUGGAAGAUCUACAGUCAUUGAUUCUACUAUCUAUAUCUGGCUGGGAGGGAUGUUUCAGCCUUAUCAGUUCAUUACAACCUUUGGGGCGAUAGACUGGGAGAUGUUCCAGAUUGAAAACAGAGUCUUCUUGGCUGUGGCGAACAGCCAGAUGCUCACGGAGGAGGGCAAGAUUCUGUACUCCAUCAACUCCACCAUCUAUGAGCUCAGCGUGACAUCUCAGACCUUCAUCAAGUUUCAGGAUAUUGAAACGAACAGUGCUUUGGACUGGGAGUAUUUUACUGUGGGAGAUGACAAGUUCCUGGUGGUCGCCAACUCCUAUGAUGGAAGCUCAUACUCUCUUAAUAGUGUUAUAUACAGGUGGCAGGGUUAUGAGGGGUUUAUCCCUGUGCACAGACUGAGCACCAAUGGCUGCAGAGAUUGGGAAUAUUUUAACACAACCGAUGGCUCCUACCUCAUCUACUCCAGUGCCAGAGCUGCUCUCUCUAAAGUCCUUAAACUAAGGACCAUCUAGUGGCACUGGACAUAUGGACAACAGCAACUCAAAGCAUGAACACAAGUGAACCGCUAAAUUAGAUGUUCUUCAAUGCAAAUGUUAUCCGAAACUUAAAUCAAUGUAUCACAUGAUGACACUUUAACACAUGCACUUAAUGACAUACCUUCAACAUUCAAAACAGUCCACUGACCGCCUGAACAACAACAGCACACACAUUUCAGAAGAUUUAUACCUGCACUUAUUUGCACAGAGAUCAUCAAUACGCUUUGUUGAUUAAAAUAUCAUUAUUUCCGGUGGUUAUGCAUCAUUACUCUGCACAUGAAGACAGCUAACAAUUUAUGGAUGACUGGAAAAAUAGUUUUAUCAGCCAGCAAAGACACUGUAUUUAACUGUACUGUACUGUCUGUAAGCUAAUGAUUUACAUUUUUUGUAUUUUUUUUUUUUUUUAUUAGAAGGCUUUUAAACCGAAGUGUUCAGGUAUAUGCAAUAAAUAUAAUUAAGACAUUAUUUAUAAUAGAUAAAUAAUAAUAAAAAAUGACUAUGAGGAUUUCAAUAAUGCACAGACUAUUUUCUUUUUAUAUUAUAACUAUGACUUAUUUUAGAGCUUGAUUGUGUUGUAAAACAAUGUU